AAAACUCAAACCAUUUCAUUUACGAGUAAUAAAAAAUAUUCAGCUUAUUUACGCCACCGAACAUCGCACUUUCAACUAAACUUCCCCGAUCUGCGUGUUGGUAGUGUUUAUAUAUCAUAAUGGAAGUCUUUGGAAGCCGAUAGUUGAUGAAAGAAAUUGUAUGAGCUGCGAGAAAGUUCAUUAACAUGUUUGUUAAAUCUUAGGUCAGUAUCAAGCCAGAGACCCUUCCACUCUGAUUUCCUGAAAACUCAUUACCGACUUUGAAUUUGUGUUGAAUUAUUAAAAAAUAAGUCCAAAUCAUCAUGAUUUUGAUUCCAAACAGAAACUAAAGAGUUUUAAUACAUCAGAAUUUGUCUUUUGCUAGGAUUACUAUCCUCGAAGUUAGACAGAAUGCUGAUUGAAUGAUAAUUUAUCAACAGAAGGGAUUCAGUAAUGCAAAAGUUUAACUGAUUGUUAGAUCAAGGGUCGUGUAUCCGGAGUACUCAUAUUGAUCUUUUGCGUGUGUCUGUUAAGAUGAUGGCAUCAUUUCGCCAAUUUAUCAUUUGUAUUUUCGUCAGUUCUACAAAUCUUUUAGAUACAAAAAUAUUCAAACCUGAAUUGAGUCGUUUAUAUCGGUGGUUUUGGGAUGUGUUUUCUCCCCAAAAGGAAAAACCACAUAGUUUUUUAUGAGAAAGAAAUUAGAGAACACGUUCAAUAAGAAAUUUUUUUCAGCCUGACAUAUUCAUUGUUUCGAAACCAGUUAAAACUAAUAAUAAAGGUACAAGGUAUUGGCGAGUAUCAUUUCAAGAGCAAGAAAGAUAUCUUAUCAAUGGAAAAGAAAAGCUCAAACCUGUUCUAAGAUUACUUAAGAAAAUGAGAGAUAAACUAAGACAUGACAGCAUAGCAAGUUAUUUUAUUAAAAAUAUAUUUUUGUGCGAGAUACAAAAGCAGCCACCAGAAUUUUGGAAUCAACCAUUGAGCUAUGUUUUCAUGAAAAUGUUGAAGAUAUAUCAAAAACAAAUUGAAGAUAAGACGAUACCUUUCUAUUGGUAUGAAAGUGACAAUCUCAUUUCACACGUUGAUCCAGCUGUACUGAAUAACAUUAAUAAGAAACUUGUGGAGAUUAUUAUAAAACUUGAAAGGCGACCUUCCAUUCCCAAAGUUGUUGGAAAGUGUUUUCUCUGUCAUAUAAUAUACUAGCGACUCGCCCCGGCU